AAGAAACUUCGAUAUUCUUUGACAUUAUUGGCAUUUCCGUCUUAGGUUCUUUCUUUCACAACGUGGUUUGCAGUGAACUUGUUCAGAAAUUUUGUUGGUAGAUUUCAUCUAAAAGCGAAAUAUAAAGGAUUUCACGAUGCAAUUGUGUUUCCGUGGUCAAUCGACUCAUUAUAUUGAGUGCGAGGGAACAGAAACUGUUGCCCAAAUCAAGGAAAAAAUUUGUAAUUUAGAAAACAUUAAAUCUUCUGAGAUUUUGUUGUAUGCUGCUGGAAAACCUGUAGCUGACGAUGACACUCUUGACUUAUUUGUUAAUACAGAUAUAGAAAUAUCUGUAGGUCUUUUGGGAGGAAAAGUCCACGGUUCUUUGGCUCGUGCUGGUAAGGUAAAAGGCCAAACACCCAAAGUAGAAAAGCAAGAGAAGAAAAAGAAGAGGACCGGAAGAGCUAAAAGGAGAAUUCAAUAUAACAGACGUUUUGUUAAUGUUGUUGCGACAUUCGGACGUAGGAGAGGACCCAAUUCAAAUGCUGCAUAAUAAAAUUUAAAUAAAGAAAAUUCAUAUGUG